UGUGUUUCAACAUGACAUGGCUCAAAGACGCUUUUAAAUCAGUUUUAAGUUAAUAUCCCAAUUUUGAAUACGAUGUUUGUCGGGAAAUCGUACAAAUAUCUAAGCCUCGUUUGUAUCAGUUAUUCUAAAUGUCUUACGUAGAAUUUUAAAAUAAAACAGAAAAAGUAAUAAUAUGUGAAAUUUUUCGAUAAUUGUUUCGAUUUUAUUAUUUUUAUCAUCAUUAUAUUUUUCUAUUUACAAUUUCAUCGACUUUUCAUAAUUUAAUACUGAUACGCAUUGUCGAUCAAAAUAUCUUCUUAAAAAAAAAUACAUGAGGAAUAUCUUGGAAAAUUAAUGAGAUUCUCUGUACGUAUAUUUUUAGCUCUUUUAUAAUGAAUACUGAAAUAAUGCGCAACUCGGCAAAAUAAAAUUAUCUUGAAAAUGAUUGUUCUCAAAUAGCCAAACUACAUGUCGUUGUAGGACAUAUUGCAGGAUAGGAAGUCGAGUGCUGACGUGCACUAUUGUGAGGAAUCACGAAAACAUAUCGUUAAAAAAAAAGGAGAAUAAUAUAUUUUUUCUCGCUCUGUAUGUGUCAGACCUGAUAAAUAAAAGCGCGGGCACGCACACGUAUUAUACGAUGACGUAAAUGCGCAUUUUUGCUUACACGUGCAUGGGGAGAAACACACGUGUAAUGUGUGAAAAAAUAUAUCACAUAAUUUGUGUAAUUUAUAUGACGGCGUCAUACACGUGCCCGCUUAGAAAUAUGUUUUGUAAUUUCUACAAAGAAAUGUAUGUGCUGUCAAUGAAGCUUGACACUUUAAACACGCGCGAAAAUUUCGAACUAUGCAGAUCCUCGUUUAAACAGCGAUUGAUUAAUUGGUUUAUCUAAAAAUUUAAUUAAAUUGAGUUAUUUAACCUACGUUAAACAUAAUACUUUGUUAUGGUUAUUAUUAGUGACUAAUUGUAAGUAACACAUAGCCAAUAUGAUAAUUCUCAGUGUUUACAGUAAUUAAAAUAAAACUUUCCAGCGAAAGAUGUAUAUUUGUAGCAUUUUUAUAUUUUUUAUAUAUUUUUUUUGUUAAUGAAGAGAUAGAGUUCUUUAAAAGUUGUAGUAUAUAAAUAAAGUUACUCAAAAAAUAAAGACGAGAAAUAUAUCUUGAAUAUUUAUAUAAAAACGGAUCAACGGUAAUUGGAACAAAAUAAAAAGAAUAUAAUUUUAGAGACAUGUAUAUCUCGCGAUUACAAAUUCAGCAUUUUUAAAUUUUAUUUUGAAAAAAGAUACAUCGAAAUAUAGUAAAAAAGAUAUAAUCUAAAGUAGUAAUGAUAAUGUCAAGACAUUAAAUUAAUAUUAAUUUGCGAUAAUGUUUAAGUGUUUUUUAAAUAAUAUUUUUCGAUUAUUGAUUAAUGAGUGCAAAGUGUGAGAUAAGUAUCAGCUUAUCUUUAUAUGUAAUUAUUAUUGAUUCAGACUUGUUCAAAAGCGCAGUAACAUUUCCAUCUUAAAUAAAACUUUGCUUUCGCAGACAGUGUAAUAUAGGAAUUAAAUUUAUAUGUCUACUGACAUUUCCAUGCUCUAACUGACAAUGAAAUGAGUUCCGCGAACAUAUAAUUUCCUCAAGUAAUUGUUUGUGAUUUUCAAUCUAUUCCGUUAACAAGUAAAAGAGUCCGCUCUUUGUAUUUUUUUUCUUUUUUUUUAGCAAAGUGCAGCCUUCGUAAUACUAUCGACUAUUGUACAAAUGAAUCUCACGACAUGACAUUUUGCAGGAACGUUACGUCAACAGGAGGAAUAAUACGUUUUCAUAAUCACAACGAUGUCUGUGUCAUGAGCAUUGCAUUUGUAUAAAAAAAAAAAAAGAAAAUUAUUUCCUUCCUUUGCUGCACAAUUACGCGAGGUAUCAUCUUAUUUUCAUUAUCUUCAUUUUCAGCGGUCCAGAAAUAUAUACGAAUGCUUAUUUAAAAGUACAAGGCUAUUCUUAUAUGUACAUACGUUUGCUACGUAUAGUUUAUGUUAACUAUUAUUUAAAGUAUGUAAACUGUUAUUUAAAUAUCCGACGUCGCGACAAAUGCGCGGGUAUAAUGAACGCUCGAUAUCUUCGAAAAUACUGCGUAUUGUUUACGAAUGCUGCUGUUUUCCGUUUCAUUGGUACAUUACAUCGGAAAUGAGGCAAUGCGCGAUAAACAUGAAAUAUGGAUUACGUGAAACGAGCAGCGCGAGAAACGCGAACAAAAGCUACGAUCCAUCGUCAAGUAAACGAUCAGUCAAACAUCAAUGGCAUUAAUUUAUAUCAUUUUUCUUUUUGGAAUGUGUUUUUACCACAAUAUAAUCCCUUUAAUAUAAAAUUGAAGACAGUUGGGAGGGAGGAUUAGAAAUUUUAAUAAAAUUCUAAAUAUAAGAUAUAACAAUGAAUUAGUCAAACAUUUUUCGUCAAAUCUUUAAAGGGAAAGCGAAUAAAAACAAAAUAGAAGGAAAAGAGAAUAGAAAUAGCUCUUUCUUAUUCUUACAAGCGUGAAUUUAUAUCCUUCUCCUUAACACGAUUUGGACGAAAAAUGUAUUUCUUAUUAUGUUCAGAUUUUUCUACAUUUUGUUAUCGAAACUCUAGGUAUUCGAUGUAAGAUCAAUUACAAUUAUCCGAUGAGAUGUACAUGUUUGAUCCGAUUUCUAAUCAGAUACAUAACUUUCAUUGGGUAUAUUAUUGUAAUAUUAGAUUAAACAUCAACGGAUAUUUUUGUCGGUGUAGAGUUCCUAGAAAAAAUAUUAGGUGUCCCAAACAUUUAUUCGAUUUAUUUGCAGAGGCAUGAAUGAAUUUUUAUAUCCAUAUCUGUCUCGCGUCUCGAGAAACUCUAUGGGUGCCCGACGGUUAUUCCCCGUUACAAAUCUUAUGUAGCAUUGUGCCGGAGAAUGGCAUUAACUUAAUCGUAAGAAUGCCUCUUCCGACGCGCAUGUCGCAAUUAAACCGUUCGCGCGCACCCGACGCGUCGGCGGACGGCCGGAUCCUCGGCCGGUCUCGUCGGCGCUCGGCGAUUCUCGGCCCGCCUCGGUUGUGCUCGGCGUUGUGUUGUCGACGCCGGCGGCGGUCGCCUCGCGCUCGUUCAUCAGUGCGCUGGUCGGUGUUCUCUCGUGCUUGUCACUGACAUUGCGCGGCUUCCUCGUUGGUGCGCGCGCGCUCUAAAUUUCGAACGUGCGAACGGUGUGCGCCUCGGAGUCUGUUUUCUGACGUGUACUGACGUGGACCCCGCCAUGCGAUAAUCCCUAGGAGAAAGUGACGCGCGCCGAGAGGAGACCCGGGGAGAGAAAGAGAGGAACGUGCCAAGCUAAGCUUUCUUCCGUUCGUCAUGAUUUUUCGACAUCCGUCACUCCGCGUCUUAAGAAUGCUCCGGACAGAGCGGCGCAAGGAUCAAGCCUGAUGUCCGUAUGGUCGACCAGCACUGGGCGCAACUCACUGUUUGGCGCGGAGACCGGCGGAGCGGUGCUCCCCACUUCGCAUUUGCCGAUCCACGAACAUCUGCGCAACGUUGACGGCCACUGCUUUCACAGGCCGUUCCACGAUCACUGUCAGUCGACGAUGUCGCAAGCGGGGGAUGGCCUUCACACACCGGGCUACUUAUCCUGGAGAAAAUUGCAGCUGAGCCGCGCGAAACUCAAGGCCUCCAGUAAAACGUCAGCCUUGCUCUCCGGUUUCGCUAUGGUCGCCAUGGUGGAGGUACAGCUGGAUGCCAGCACGCACGUUCCGCAGCAGAUGCUGAUCGCCUUCGCCGUGUGCACGACUCUGCUCGUGGCCGUGCACAUGCUCGCGCUAAUGAUAUCCACCUGUAUACUGCCGAACGUCGAGGCCGUCUGCAAUCUGCACAGCAUAAGCCUCGUGCACGAGUCGCCGCACGAACGUCUGCACUGGUACAUCGAGAUCGCGUGGGCCUUCUCCACGCUGCUGGGUCUCCUCCUGUUCCUGCUGGAGAUCGCGAUACUCUGCUGGGUCAAGUUCUACGACAUUUCGCAGGUCGCCGCCUGGUCGGCCUGCGUGGUGCUGAUACCGGUGGUGAUAAUCUUCAUCGCGUUCGCGAUACACUUCUAUCGGAGUUUAGUCGCGCACAAGUACGAGGUCACAGUAUCCGGCAUACGGGAGCUCGAGUUACUCAAAGAGCAGAUCGAGUCCACGGACGUGGAGGGCAGAAACGGCGUGAAUCUCUUGCAGACGGGGGUGACGCAUAUCGUUUGAUUAGAUCGGUCCUCUAUCUAAUUUUUAUCUACCAGAAUGAGGAUUGGAUUCGCGAAUCGAACGCGACAAAAAGAAUUCCCGCUCUGCCCUCCCGCGGAACGUGGCGAAAGAAAGACAGAGAGGCAGAGAUCUUUUUCCGUGACGACGUGCUGCGACGUUUCUCCGAGGAAAGAAAGAAAGUCUGCCAGGAAAGAAAGAAAAUCUUUCGAACGUGAGCUGUUCGAGAAAACAUGACAGACAACCGUUUCCUUCGCACAUGUCGGCGCAUACGUGUCACAGAUGUUAACGAAGAUUCGGCCAACAGACAAGAUCUUCCUCUUCUUUUUUUUUUUUUUUUUUUUUUAUACGCGUGUUUCUCUGUGAUAUAAAUUAAGUAUAAGCGCGACGAGACUCCACGCGUCCGUACGAUACGGAAGCAGAAUGAAGUUCGAUAAUGUUAUAUUGUAUAUGUAGACACAAAAUACACAUUCCUUCAUUUGCGUUGCGACUUAAAAACGUAGGAAGAAUAAUGCUAUAAAGAUAUUAAGAGAUCUUCUUAACAAAAA